UAUGAUCAUCCGCUAGGGUCGGUACAGAUUAGAUUAACGUUGGGCGUGGUUUACUAUUUACUGUAGCAUUGUUGAUUGACUGUUGUUACUGUAGUAUGUACGCACUUAAUUCUUGGGCCUCUGAAGUAGAAACUCAUGUUGUAGAGAGGAUUAGGAUAAUAAUAUUGCCUAUUCAGUGUGAUCAAUACAUUUUUGUCAAAUAAAUCGUAAAACUUAAAAAAAAAGUAAUUAUAAGUAAGUAAUAUACAUCUGCUUUUUCAAAUUUGCUACAAGCGUCAAAUAAUAAUAUAAUGGCUGACGUUACUGAAGAUAUGUGCGCUGCUGUAGACGAUAAGUUUGUCCAAGAUAUUUUGGAAAACGAUUACGGUUUUAUUAAUGGGCAAGUUCGAAAAUUGGAUGGUUACGAUGACAAGAAUUUUCAUAUUACAAACGCAAAAAGUUGUUCUGAAGGAAUAAAAUUUCCAUCCGAAGGAGUAGUGAUAAAGUUUGUCAAUUCUGUAGACGCAGCCAAUAUUUCGUUAAUGGAAGCGCAGACAAAACUAAUGCAACAUUUAAGUGACUCCGAAAUUAAUUUUCCUACACCAAUGUUAAACAAAAAUGGACAAGGCUAUCGAAGUCUGGUUAUAAAUGGUAAAACACACGUUGUUCGCAUGUGUAAGUAUAUCGAAGGUAUCACAUUAGAAAACGUUCAAUUAGACAACGAUUUGGCAGACAAUUUCGGAUCGUGCGUUGGAUAUUUGACGAACAAAUUUCGAACUUUCGACCACGAAGGGUUUCACAGACAGGAGCAUAUUUGGGCUCUGGAAAAUGCAGCUAAUGUGCUCAAGUUUAUUGAUGUUUUCGACGAACAAAACCAAAGAGACAUGAUUAAAAACGUUCUAAAUAAAUUCCAAAGCUCAGUGCUGUCCCAAAAGGACCUGUUGGAAAAAAGUAUCAUUCACGGUGACCUUAGCUUCAACAACAUUAUCGUUAAAGACAAAAAAGUAAGAGGAGUCAUCGAUUUUGGCGACGUGGUAUGGUCUCUCACGUUUUUCGAAUUGGCCGUUUCGUUGUGUUAUUUGAUAAUACAAGAGUUUAAAAACGAUAACCCGAGCCUAUCAAACGUGGCUAUUCGGCCAUUUAUAAAAGCUUACCAACGGCACAGAUCCCUCAGCGGUUUGGAACUGUCGCUGUUACACACGAGCGUGUGUGCCAGAAUAUGCCAGAGUCUGGUGUUGGGAAAGAAAACAAGCCUAAGAGAUUUGACCAACCUGUACGUGCUGUCGACCCAAAACAACGGAUGGAAAGCACUGAUAAGUUUAUUAGACAUCAGCGAAGAACAGUUCGCCAAACUUGUCUUACAAGAAUGAAUGCUCGUGUAAACUUUUCAUGCUUGUAAUAAUCAAAAUUUUAUAUUGCCCAUCAUAUACGUAUAUAAUACCUAUACUUUUAAGGAACGCACUUGAUUUUUUCAUCUAUAAUAUAUUUUUCUAUUGUAUUGUUUAAUAUAUUACCGAUAUUUUGUAUACAACGUUUUCUUUGUAUCAAUUUUUGUUAUACAGUUAUGUGUACCUAGGAUAACUUUUAUGCAAUUACUAAAAAUAUAAUU